AUGUCUUCUCCUAUCAAGCUGGAUGCCAAGCUCUCUGAGCUCAAAAUGGCUGAUGUGAGACUGCUCAUCUAUAGCACCCUGUGCCACGAUGGCAAAAUCGACAGCGAGAAGCUUGCCGCUCUCGCUGGUAUGAAGAAGACUUCCGCUAACACCAACUACUGGCGCGCCAAGCACCACCUUGAGAAAAUUCUUGAUGGAAAAUCCCAGUCUCCUGUCGAGGCUGCCCUUUCCAAGUCUGAGGACACCGACGCUGGUCCAUCCAAGAAGACCCGUUCUGGUACCAAGCGUGGCGCGGCCAAAGACGCAUCGACCAAGAAGAACGCCUCGCCUCCCAAGCGUCGUCGCAAGACCGCCACUAAGGCUACCUCUAAGCCUGCUGAGGAGCCUGCUGAGGAGUCCACUCAGGCUGAGGAGACCAACGACACCGAGCCUGCCGACCCCGCCGACCAGACCGAGUAG